UCGUAGGCAGAUGUGGUGCUCAUCUCAGAAACAGGUAAAGGAGAAGUGUAAGAUGUUCAGAGAAGGUGGAUAAGGAGAUAGGGGACAAGUUCAGUUGUAGGAAAUACAUCUUUGGGGAAGCCUUAGUCUGGAAGAGGUAUCUAAGUGGAAUAUGGUAAAGAUCUGCAAAUUUGCACGUGGAAUGAAGGACUGUUUUGCCUUCACAAUGUUUGGGGACUUAUUUGAAGAGGAUUUUUCCUUUAUUUCAAACAAUCAUUGUGAAAAAGGGAAGAAAUCAAAGCCCAGAGAUUCUGAGCCUCCAGCUCCCAGGGAUUUCACCAACCUAAGUGGUAUCAAAAAUCAGGGUGGAACCUGCUACCUCAAUUCCCUUCUGCAGACUCUGCUUUUCACACCUGAAUUUAGAGAGGCUCUGUUCUCUCUAGGACCCGAAGAACUCGGGACUCUGGGUGACAGCGGUAAACCGGAUGCAAAGGUUCGAAUAAUUCCUUUACAGCUUCAACGGUUAUUUGCCCAGCUUCUGCUCUUGGACCAGCAGGCUGCAUCUACGACAGACCUUACGGAGAGCUUUGGGUGGAACAGUCAGGAGGAAAUGAGGCAGCACGAUGUGCAGGAACUAAAUCGGAUUCUGUUCAGUGCUUUGGAAACUUCUCUUGUGGGCACUUCAGGUCACGACCUCAUUAACAGAUUGUACCACGGGAUUGUUGUCAACCAGAUUGUUUGUAAAGAAUGCAAGAAUAUCAGUGAGAGACAGGAAAUGAGGCAGCACGAUGUGCAGGAACUAAAUCGGAUUCUGUUCAGUGCUUUGGAAACUUCUCUUGUGGGCACUUCAGGUCACGACCUCAUUAACAGAUUGUACCACGGGAUUGUUGUCAACCAGAUUGUUUGUAAAGAAUGCAAGAACAUCAGUGAGAGACAGGUAAAGCCAGAUGAUUUUCCAAGAUAA